AUGGGCAAGAAAGACAGAACUAUUGUUGAAACCGUUGUCUUAAAUGAUAUAAAAAAUGUGAAGAAGAAGGAAAAGUUAAUGACUGUCAAGGUGGAUCCGAAAUUAGCCAAAACAAGGGCUAAAAGUAAGAAAAUUGGACUUUCUCUUAGUAGAAAAUCAAGUCGUGGUAGCAACUCCAGCGAUGAUUCAAGUGAUGAUUCAAGUGAAGACUCCAGUGAUGAUGAUAAAAAGAAAAGAAAGCCCAAAAAAACUCUGCUAGUUGAUGCUAAAAAGGCACUGCCGUCCGCUGAGUCGAAGUUGGUCGAAGAAGUUUUAUCGUAUUUCCAAGAAAUUCCAGAAUGUCAAGAUUAUUCUGCUGAAGAACUGUAUCAAAUAUAUCUUGAGAAAAACGAUCCCAAUUUCAAUUCCAAGAACGUUAAUCCUUUUUCAAGAUCAAAUAAUACGUAUGGCAGUCGUAGUAGUAGCGGUGGUUUAGGCUCUCCAAUUCCUCCAAUUACCCCUAUUUCCCCCAUCUCUCCAAUCUCUCCUGUCUCUCCUAUCUCCAAUCCAUCGAUAUCCCCCUUUGCUCUGCCCCUGCCCAUCGAUUCUAGAAAACAUGGGUCUCGUAAUAAUUCCAAGACUUUACCCUUUAACAAGUUUGAAAAAUUAUUGAUCACACACAAUAUUAUAUACUCUAAAAAAUGCUUUUAUUAUUCUAACCAAAUAAGAGUCGCUAAACAAUACCAAGAGCCUGAUUUAUCGAAGGAAAACCAAGCCAAUCCAGAAAACAAGUUGUAUUCUGACCCAUUCCAAAUAGUUGUUGAUCCCAACUUUAAUUCUAGGGACUCAAACACCAAUACCAAUAGAAAACAAAAACCUUUGAAAAUAGUUGCCACCAGAGACAUCAAGAAGAAUGACUUGGUGUUUUACGAUGUUCCAGAUCCCAUAUUAUUUGUUCCACCCUUGGAUAAAUUAACAGUCAUGCGGUUAGGAUACGCUUGUAGCACUUGUGGUAAUUCUACCGUCAAUCAAUCUACCCACUAUACUAUGGUUCACGGUUUAGAUUGUUCCGAGUGUGACAAUAUCUGGUGUAGUCCGCAAUGUUUCAAAAUGGGUUAUGCCUUUCAUAAACAAGUCACACAUCCUGCUAUGAAACAUCUUCCUAUGGCUGCUGUUGCUUUCAACAAAGAUAAGGUGCAGCAAAGGUAUAACUCUCCAACGCAUUUUUCAAUUGAUGGUAAAGCUUGGAUAGAGUUUGAGGAUUUUUGUAUUGUUCAUUGUUGGGUUGGUGGUUACGUUAUUGGUUGCUUGAUUGCCAGAUUCAAAACAUUUGAUAUCCUUUACCAGAAGUUUCCAGUUAUAGACCAAAGAACUAGGGUCAGAGCCAUGGAUUCUGUAGGUCCAAACGGCGCGUUCGAUAAAAAGGAAUUGUUACCCGAAAAUGGUACAGAAGUGGAAUUGAAUAUGAUUUACGAAAGUGGGUUCCGUCAUAUGUACAAAUGUUUCCCAGGUAUUAAUAUGCAAUUUGCCCAGUAUAUGGAAUUGGUAGGUACUUUUAAUAUUAAUAAUUAUGAUGGUCAGCUAUAUCCUUUGUAUUCCUUUUUAAACCACGAUUGUGAACCAAAUACUCGGAUUGUUAAAAUUGAUAACAAUGAGGACCAUUUAUACGAAGAUUUUGACGAUAGUGAUAUUGAAGAAGAAAUUUUAAAGACUGAAAUCUUGAAAAAUAACCCUAAUAUUUCUGAUUUGGGGUUUACUGAUAGCAGUUAUUUAUACACCGAUAUUGACACAGAUACUGAUUUUGAACAAUUGUUAGAAAAAAGCACCAGAGGGGAUAGAAGUGAAAAUUCGUCUUUACUUGACAUAAUUGAAGAAGAUGAAUCAAUUGAUAAAGGGCGUUUAACUAAUAAGCUUGUAAAUGUUGAUGGUGUGCCUUACGACAAUAGUUCAGAAAGCAACAGCGAUCAAUCUUACACGACAGAAAAGGAGGAAUCUCUUACCCCAGAUUGGAUAGAUGAAAAAUAUGAAGUUCACAAGCAUUAUAAGUUUGGUGUUUAUACAGAGGGUUUUAUAACUGAUAGUAGUGAAGAAGAGGAAGAAUCCAGCAGUGAAUCAUCAUCUUCGUCAUCAGACAGUAGCGGUGAUUCCUCGUCAGAUAGCAGCCUUAGUGAGCCUGUUGAAGGGUUGGCCAUCACAACCGAUAAUUUUAUCGCUUUUUUGGCCAAUGAAGACGAGGACGGGUACACCUCUCAAGGUCCUUCGAUCCCUGAGAAGUUAAAAUUGAAAAAAAAGAAGAAGAGCCAUGCUAAAAAAGUUGAUGAUGACAAAGCUCAUACCAAUGAAGAAAUGGAAAAAAUAUUGCGUAAGAAGAAGCGUAGAAAGCACAAACACAGAAAACAUCGUAGCAGUUCCAGUCGUCGUCAUCACCGUCAUCGGACGCACUCUCAUAAAAACUUGGAUCCUAGUGAACAGCCAGCUACUAAGAACAACAGUGUUAGUAUCACAAAUGAUUAUGCCACCACUGAAGCACCACCUUCACUUGAUCAGGAAAUGGAGCAUCACCAAUUGAGACAUGCUUCUCCACCACAAAUGAAGUCUAUUUCUGAUUUCCGUAGCUCCAGCGAUGAAGGUUUCCAAAGGGAUGAUCGUUUCGGUCCCGUUCCACCAUCUGGUCCCCAUCAAUUACAGCAACAACAUAGCUUUAACGAUUUUAGAGAAUUGCCCUCUAUGCAACAAAAUGGUUUCAAUGAAAUGAACAAUGCGGGUGAUUUCAGAGGUAAUCAACAAAUGAUGUACCCUAAUGGUAACUUUAACGAUGGUCAAAGCCCUAAUGGCUUUGGGAGUCCCAAUCCGAAUGGCUAUGGUAUUAAUAGCAGACCUGAUAUUCAAACUGUAGGAGAUUUCCAAGGUCAAGGCCAGGGCCAAUACUACCAACAAAAUGGGUAUGUAGAUCCACAACAACAGCAAUACAUGGGGCAAGGACAAUAUCCAUAUCCUGAACAAAAUGAUAACAAUGGUUAUGUACAGAAUGGUAAUUUCCAAGAGAAUAAUUCACAGGUGCCUCUUAGACAGGUCAACUCGUAUGAUUCUGCCGAGAGACAGAUGCACGAGGAGGUUCAAAAGUCUUCAAAGAAAAAAAACGGUAGCAAAGUGAGAACUUUGGGUAGAAGCAAGAGUAUUGGUCCUGAAAUUACGAAAAGGAAUCAAAAAAUUAAUCCGGCGUCUGAUGAGGAAUAUGCCGAGGAGGAGUAUUCUGACUUUGAGACCGAGCCUUAUAAUAGUGCUGGAAAGUCCAUGGUUCAAUUGGCGGAAGAAAAUGCUAAAAGGGAGAAGCUCAGAAAAGAAAAGCAUAAGGAUUAUAUAAAUAAUGAACGUACUACUGACAGAAAUACCGCUUUGAACUGUAAACCUUCCACUAACGUGAAAAAUAAAAAUGUUCGUAAUAAUUCACUUAACAAAACUAAACCCGAAUUUGGUUUAAAGGUGUAUGCCAGAAAAAACAUUAAAGCAGGGGAUGAGUUGACUGUGUCGUUGGUUAACCCUCUACAUAACGUGCACCUGAGAAAAAGAGAAUUAAGAGUUAACUAUGGGUUCGACUGUGAAUGUACCAGAUGUGUUAAAGAGUUGGUGUAUAGAAAAUCCAAGCAUGCCGAAAAGAAUAAGAAGGGUUCGAGUUUACUGGUAAGGAAAAUUACUACCAAUGAACAAAAGCAACCUGAAACUAAAAAUAAACAUGGUAAGAAGAAACCAGUUAUUAGGACUGAUAUUCCAGAUGUGCAUAAAGUUUUAAGAACUGGUAAGAAAAUUGAUUUGGAAUUUAGCGACGAAUUUGAAGCUUACCGUAUUAAGAAUGCAGCAAUUAGAUUUGAUAAUAAAGUUGUGGUUUACAGUGAGAGAUACUAG